CUUGACACGUGUCUUUGUAGCACGGUUACGCACGCCGUCGUGCGACAGCAAUUUCUGACCCACGUGGGCCAGGAUCACCUUGAACCUGAGAAGCAGGCAUUGAAGCGGCUGGUGGAGGAGGAGCUGCUGAAGAUGCAGGCGGAUGCUGGUACCAGGGAAGGAAAGCUAGACUUCAUUAAAGUGAAGAGGUCUCCUGCUCCCGGCAGUGACCCAGAGGCAAAAAGGUUCCGCUUCAAUUCAGAGUCAGACUCCAGCUCUACACCAUCCAGUCCAGACUGCUCAGGAUGUCCAACAAAGAACAGCACAACCAAGGAGAAGUCAUGUUUGAGGAGAGCCGUAAAGAAAGCAGUUGAGAGCACAGAUGAAGAACAGCAAACAGACCUGGCGGCCAAGAUGGGAUCAGAGAGCACUGAGGAGGAGGAUGGGGGAAAGGAGCAGAAGGCUGGGGCUAAAAAGAAAGCUGGGACCAAGAACGAGCAAGCACCAAGCAAGGCUUCAGCCACUGAGCAGCAGGUUAGGGAAGAAAGUGGAAGCAGUGAAGAGGAGGCUAUGCAGGGUAGAGCAAAGAUGGGGGAAAGAACAGGUGCUAAACGCCACAAGGAAAGUGACGACAGUGACGAGGAGACCCUAGCCAAGAAGAAAGAGCACAGGGAACCCAGACAGAGGAGCAACAAAGGGAAGAGAAUGAGCUCUAAGCAGAAAAGCCGGGCUGGGAGGCGAACUAGAGGCGCGGGAGACAGUGAGGAAGAGAAGGGAAAGGGGGCAGUAAGUAGUGGGGACAGCAGUGAGGAGGAAAACAGGAGCAAGACCGGGUCCCAGACUGAGAGCAGAAGGCAGAGUGCCAGCAGCGAGGACGGUGAGAGCAGCACGCAGGAGCCAGCAGCUGCUCAGGACACUACAGAGAUAGGCACGCGAGACAGCAGUAAUGGGGAGAGUGAUGUGGAGAGGGAAGGGAGUGACUCCCCGGCAGGAGAGAGCACCAAAGAGGAGAGGAAGAACCGCUCCUCCAAGAAGAGCUCCAAGAAAGGCAAAGCACGAAGUUCUUCCUCAAGUCCAGAACACACAAGCCAGAAGGCUAGGUCUCAACGCUGUGGAGAGGACCAUCCAGCUGUGGUGAGACUAAAGCGUUAUAUUCGGGCUUGUGGUGCCCAUCGGAACUACAAGAAGCUCCUGGGGUCCUGUCGCUCCCACAAGGAGCGCCUUAGUGUCCUCAGGACUGAGCUGGAAGCGCUGGGCAUGAAGGGCACUCCUUCCUUGGAGAAGUGUCGGGCCCUGAAGGAGCAGCGAGAAGAGGCAGCUGAGGUGGCUUCCUUGGAUGUUGCCAAUAUCAUCAGCAGUUCGGGCCGACCACGAAGAAAUAACGCCUGGAACCCUUCAGGGGAAGGAAUUGCCCCAGGGGAGCUUUAUCGCCGAACCCUGGAUUCAGAAGACGAGCGACCACGCCAAGCACCUCCAGACUGGUCCCAUAUGCGGGGCAUCAUUAGUAGUGAUGGUGAGAGUAGCUGAACUCCAUGCUCCAGCAGGGACCCUGUCCUGCUAUACAAAGAGCCUGUGGCAUUGAAGCAGUCUCUUCAAAAGAUACUAUAGCCCCAAGGACCUAAGUUGUUGGCACAGUAUUCAAUUUUAUGUUCUCUAAGGUUUGGGGGUUUCUGUUUUUAGAGUCAAUAAAGUAAUGUUUGUAAUUACUUCAUCUGAACUAGACCCUAACUCUCAUGCCCCAUCUUUUGGGAUAUAGCCCUUGCUACUAGCUAGUAGUCUCUUAUGGAUUCCCAGUUGCCCCAGUCCCUGGCCUGCCAGGCUGUAUUGGAGGACACAGUUGUCCUUUCAGUGCAACCAAGUCUCUAGUCAAACUGGCCUGACCAAACGAAGCCUAAUAAUGGUAGAAUAUACGACUAACAUCAACCAAGGCCUAGUUCUCAAUCCCAGCACCCACUCACCUCCCCCACCCCCGGCUCAGUUCAUCUUCUUUCCCCACACUGCCAGGGACUUUUAGCCUUCAAGAGGUAGGCAUAGUAGAUACGACUGACCAAUCAGAUCAUGACAAACCUCUGCAGAAUUCCAUGUCCAGGCAGGCAUCUAGUAAGAAACAGACAUGGGGCUGCUGGGGAGUUUCUGUACCAAGAUUUUCUGAGAAGCUUUGAACCCAAAGCAAAGCAGAAAUAAAGGGUCAACAAGCUGAUGAUCUCCCAAUCAUAUGUGCAGUCAUUAAAAUCAUUAGAAUUUUUAAUCACACGACCCAGUUAAGUACAAGUAACACUAUCACUUGCUACUCAUCGGUCCUUCACACACACCUUAGACAGAAAGGGAGAAGUCCCAGGGUCUGUUAGAAUAACCAACAGUUUAUUAAAAGCUUGCCCUAGGGCUCUGUGCCAGCCCCAUAGCUGAGAGGGGCUCCCCUGACUGCUCCCAGGCUUGGCAGCAGCCCUUUCCAAGGUCCUUCCCUUGUACCCUACCCCAGCCCUGACCCCAAUUUAAAAAAAAAGACAA